UUCCCAACUUCCUUUGAUAACAAAUCAGAAACUGAAACUAAAACAGGCUCAAGUUAGAGAUGAGUCACUUCGCAAAGUGACUGCAGUAGCUGAGAAGUGACAGCUGAGAGGCAGAAGAGAACCCAGGGCUUUGAAGCAGACAGGGCUUUCUGAGGGUCACCAAGGAGCAUGGCAGGCAGCCCAGAGGUGGUGGCCAUGGACUGCGAGAUGGUGGGGCUGGGGCCUCUAAGGGCGAGUGGCCUUGCGCGCUGCAGCAUUGUGAACUUCAGUGGCACCGUCCUAUAUGACAAGUACAUCCGGCCUGAGGGAGAGAUCACGGAUUACAGAACCCGAGUCAGCGGGAUCACGCCUCAGCACAUGGUGAGGGCUACACCGUUUGGUGAAGCCAGACUAGAGAUCCUGCAGCUUCUGAAAGGCAAGCUGGUGGUGGGCCAUGACCUGAGGCAUGACUUCAACGCAUUGAAGGAGGACAUGAGCAACUACGCCAUCUACGACACAUCCACGGACGGGCUGCUGUGGCGUGAGGCCAAGGUCAACCAACACAAGCGUGUGUCCCUGCGCCUGCUGAGUGAGCGCCUGCUUCACAAGAGCAUCCAGGUAGGAAGUGACCAGCAUCCUCCCGUCCCACCCCCUCAGAACAACUGGCGGGGCCACAGCUCUGUGGAAGAUGCCAGGGCCUCAAUGGAGCUCUACAAAAUCUCUCAGAGACUCAGAGCCAGAGCCCAGCAAGGCCUGUCCCGCCUGGGGGCGUCACACUGAAGGUCAUCCUUGUCCAGGGCCUCAAUGGAGCUCUACAAAAUCUCUCAGAGACUCAGAGCCAGAGCCCAGCAAGGCCUGUCCCGCCUGGGGGCGUCACACUGAAGGUCAUCCUUGUCCAGGGCCUCAAUGGAGCUCUACAAAAUC